ACAGGGAGAGAGCGACUCUCUCUCUCUCUCAGAUACACAUUAUCUCAAGCACACACAGGUGAAAAUAUGGAGUGAUCCUAUUUCCAUUGUUCUUUAUAGCUUUUUAAAAUGUGUUCUACAGGACCGUCAGCCAACAUAAAACAUCUCUUGCAUAACAGCAACAUCUGCUGGUGGAAAAUCUAAACUGUGGACUAAAGAGGAGAGGGCAGAAAGAGGUUUUUCCCACCAGUGAGCUUCCUUCAUUUUAUUAACUGUAAGACUACACUUCCUUUAUUUACUCGGUGGUGACUCAUUUUAAGAGGAACAAUCUCAUGUCAGUUCAACUAAUAGUGAAAUGAAACAAGACACAUGUUAUCAAAGGUGUAACUGUUGACCAAAAGUCUUUAGAUUCCAGAUACGUGCAUGAAUCAGUGUAAUACUUGACCCGACUUUGCGAGACCUGACAUACACGAUAAACUCACCCACUGACUGUUCUGGUCUUCCUCGCGUCUUGUUUUCCUCCCUGUUCGUAUGCAUGCUGUUCGAGUCGACGUGGUCGCUCCAGACUGGAAUCAGAAGCUGCACCAGGGUUGUCCGUGGACCUCUGUGGACUGUGAGUAGCCUGAAAAACUAUUUCCAUCUUAAACGGGACAUGAUGAGGAUUCAACGUAUGCCUGAGACUAACCAACAUUCCUGUGCUGGUGAAAAGAGACAAUCCACAGAUCCUGGUUUUGCUGAAACGAGAAGGGGAAGUGAGUUUACAUUUGCUCUGAGUCAGAUUCUUGUCAUUUUGUGCUUGCUGGUGUGCUACGCAGGUCAAUGUUCAGUUAGCUGCUACUCACUGAAGGGAUGCCGAGUUGUUUUCCCCGAAAACGCCACAAAUGACAUGUCCGUGAUUUGUGUCAAAGGAAACCUGUCAGUCGUGCCGAAGGAUAUUCCAUCAUUGGUGGUGUUUUUAGACAUCAGUGGUAAUAAAAUGUCUCAAAUUAAAAAAAAUGAUUUUUAUAACACAUCACUUCUUAGAUCUUUAAACUUGAGAAAAAACCACAUCUCCCAUGUUGAGGAUGGAUCAUUCGCAAAUCUGCCGGUGCUAGAUAAUCUGAAUAUGGGCGGGAAUCUUCUCACCAACCUUUCAAAACACAUCUUCCAAGGUCUGAACAAUAGUAUGCUGUCUCUGAAACUCGACGGAAACUGGAUCUCCUCCAUCACAAAUUCAUCCUUUGAGUCAUGCUCAAAGUUACAACAGUUGGAUCUUAGCAACAAUCGCUUGAAUAAAUUAGAGAUUAUUCGCCACAUAUUACAGCACACCCCAGGUCUGCAUGUGUUGGACAUUCACGAUAACACAUUUAAGUAUUUUAAUUCAACGGAUAUAUCAAACAGGUCCUUGGCAUUAAAGUCAUUAGAUAUAUCACAGAAUCCAUUUAAAUCAUUCAGGCUGACGUCAGACAUUUUUCCUAAACUGACCACAUUAAAUCUAUACAUGUGUAGCCAGAAGGACAUGAUUUGGGAUGUGCAGAACAAGUCUUUCCUACAAAAUGUGUCCAAACUUGACCUAGGAGGUGGUCACAUGUCUUUGGAAAGUAUGCGUGCGGUUCUGCAGACCCUCAACUCGUCCCUGACAAAUCUAACGCUAAAUGACGUGGGAAAGGCCCUUAGUCCGCUCAUUACCGUUGCCUGCCGGAUCCCAACAGUGACCAGCCUCCUGGUGAGAAACAACCGCAUCGCUACUGUCCCGGGAGAUCUCCUCAAAUCGUGCGGCAAAUUGACUUCUUUGGAUCUUAGCAAGAACAAUAUUUUUAACGUGUCUGGGUCCUCUUUCAAAGCUCUGCAGCAACUGGCUAGUCUAAAGAUGAGUCAAAAUAACCUUACCUCGGUUCCUACUGUCAUUAGCAAUCUGACCAAGCUGAAAACCCUGGAUUUGAGUCACAACAACAUCCGUCAGCUCGGGUGCUCGGAUUUUGCUCAUCUGACAAAACUCACUGUUCUCUUUCUUUUCUCGAAUGUCAUCUCUAAACUGGAGGCCUGUGUUUUUCAAGAUUUGAACGCGUUGGAAAUAUUGAUGCUUGGUAACAACCGAAUUCACAGUCUGGGCAAAGUCUUCAAAAACUCCUUGCCAAAUCUGAAAUGUCUGGAUUUGACCUCCAAUAAACUCAAACACAUCAAACACAACACCUUUAAAAAUGUACAUUUGCUCACCCAUUUGAAUCUCGGUAUCAACCUGGUUAACAUAUUAGAUUCUGGGGCCUUUGAGGGUCUGAUCAACCUCAAAAAACUGACCCUGUCGCAAAAUCUGAUCGAUUGUGGUAGACAGGGAAUCAGACAAGAGGUCUUCAGCGGACUUAGUAAUCUUAUACAUCUAAAUAUGUGUGACAAUAAAUGUCAGUAUAAGACAGACGAACAGAUUAAAGAUCCGCCCUUUGCGAACCUGUCAUCUCUUCAGACCCUCCUCAUCUUUUCUCAACACCACAGGGAAAAGUCUCACCUACCGCCCAACUUCUUGGAAGGCUUGACAAACCUAUCCGUUCUCAAAGCCAGAAAUAUUCGCAUAACGUCCCUGAAACCAGAGACCUUUAAUCACACACCUCAAUUAAAGUAUCUAGAAAUCAACGCCAACAACCUGGUCAAUCUUGAUCCAGAACUGUUUCACCCGAUCCCAAAUCUGGAACAGCUCUUCGUGAGCACAACCGAACUUCAGUCGUUAGAUUUCCUCAUACACGCCAACCUGUCCCAGCUUCGAUUCCUGCAGGCCCGGCAAAACGCCUUCUCCAUCAUCAACGAGACCGUCCUCAAAUCUCUACCGGCGUUGACCUACCUCGACUUGCAACGCAACGACUUCACGUGCGACUGCACCAACGCUUGGCUUCUGGACUUCAUCGAGAACAGCGCUCAGACCCAGGUCCUGCAAGGACACAGCUACACCUGCAUCUUCCCGGCAGACCUCAAGGGCUCCAAGCUGCUCGAUCUGGACACACGCUCCUGUCUGGAUAGCAUCGGCUUCUCCUUCUACAUCUCCACCACCUGCGCUGUCCUCGCUCUCCUCGCCGGCGCCCUCUCCCACCACCACCUGCGACGGCAGGUGGUCUACGCCUACUACCUCUGCAGGGCGUUCCUCUUUGACGCCAAGCGGAAGAAUGGGCGCGGAGCGUGCCAGUACGACGCCUUUGUGUCCUACAACGUCCACGAUGAAGCCUGGGUGCUGAGGGAGAUGCUGCCUGUGUUGGAGGGCGAGCAGGGAUGGAAACUGUGUCUGCACCAUCGAGACUUCCAGCCUGGUAAAGCCAUCAUAGACAACAUUACAGACGCCAUUUACGGCAGCAGAAAGACCAUCUGUGUGAUUAGCCGCCGCUACCUGGAGAGUGAGUGGUGCUCCAGAGAGAUCCAGGUCGCCAGCUUCCGCCUGUUUGACGAGCGCAAGGACGUGUUGAUCCUGGUGUUCCUGGAGGAGAUCCCAGCCCAGCAGCUGUCUCCCUACCACCGCAUGAGGAGGCUGCUGAAGAGGCAGACCUACCUGAGCUGGCCCCGAGCUGCUCAGCACACCCAGCUCUUCUGGCACAAGCUCCACCUGGCUCUGGAGACCAGCGAGGCCUCUGGAGAGGAGAACUCCCUCAUCACUGGGCUGGAGGGACCCUGACACACGCGUGCACACACAUACUCCUACAUACACACACAGACAUACACACACACACACACACAGGCUACUCAUACACUCACACACACAUAGGCCACUCACACACACAUACUCAUACACAUGUGCCAACAAGUAGACAGACACACAUACAUGCACACACAUUUACAGGCAAUCAACAUCAAGCAGGAAAUGCAAGAGAAUUUUAAAUACCUCACAUAGUUUUACUCCUACUCGAACUGAAACCUUUGCCCAACUUUCAAGUCGAUGUGUCUUCACUUAACGUGUCUUGUCAACCUUGUUAUUGUAGACUUGAAGCAAUUACAGUACUAUACUUUUCACGCUGUUGAUAAUUGUUUAUUUUUUACGUUCAGGAUGACAGAAAUCAAGGAAUGAUCAUGGAUUGCGAAAGAGUGCAAACAAACUUUAGAUUGUUGUUGUACUGAAACUGUUUAUGAAAAUAGAAAGUAUGCUUUGCUGUUUUAGUAGAACAAAAAAUUGAUUGUGAUUUUACAGAAAGAUGAUUACAUUUAAAUGUUAUGUAAUAUAUACAGACAUAAAACAUGAAUACGAGACAACAUAUUUCUUUAAAUCCAAGUGUUCCAUAUUCCUCUGACUCCAUACUAACUCAACUUGUGGUAUACAGCAAACGCAAAAGUCUUCAUGUUUCCAACAGUCAUAUCUUUCAUGUUUACUAUUCAUAUUAUGAAUACAGUAUUCUGUUUAUGAAACAGAUCUAUUAAUUACACGGAUCAAUACAUACAAAGAACAACUGCACAUAAAGUAAUGACCAACAGAAGUCCCAUUGAACAUCAAGUUUCAAACCAAAUGAAAACACUAUACUCUUUCUCAGCAUGGUAAAUUCAUAUGGAUUGUAAGGUGCAAUGUAUAAUGCAAUGUAUUCAAAUCAAAUCAACAUUUAUUUGGAUAGCCCUUUUUGCAAGCAAUGUCACAGCAUAUGCCAGCAGAACUGCCCCUCGAAAACAAGGAAAAACUCCCAUGAA